CAGCUUACAGUUAGCUGUCGCAGUGCAUUUUCAGGUGGGCGCCACUAGUAGUAGUUACUAUAGCGAUAACAAAAGGCCGACCCCCACGGCCUGAACUUUGGUUAGCUCAUUAUAUAUUUGCUGUGACCGCUGAAGGUACCUCAGCCUCCAUCUAGUGGGCGCACUCAGGCGACCUCCUUUCGCCUACACGGGCGGCAGAAUGUCUGCACCGUCCAACCCUUUCGAGGGUGGGAUUGACGCUGCAGCUCAUGCUGCAGCUUCUCCUGAGCUCCAGGUUCAGCCGCGCUCGCGGCCCACGUCUGCUCGUGCGGAGAGCAGCGGUGACAGCCCUCUUUCUGUAAGCGGCGCCAGCACUGCUCGCAGGGGUAUUCUGCCAGCUUUGAACAAUAGGGGAAGCAGCAACAAAAUUCUGCCUAUCGUCGAGGGAGAUGGACCGAUGGCAGGCAGGCUCUCGCCCGUUCCGUCGGGCCCCGCUCGCCUCGGCGGUGACGUGGAGCAGCAAGAGGAGCGCCAGCUGGUGCAGGAGACCUCACUUCCCAAUGUGCCCCAGUACUCGUUCCCGGGUGCGGAGGUGCAUGAGCGCCGCGCGAAGGCCAGCUACAAUGAGAGCGCUGCGAAGAAGAUUCGCAAGCUGGGCUGGGAUGGCAGCAGCAGCGCCCGCGUUCAGGAGAUUUUGAAGAAGUUUGACAUUCAGGAGGGCGAUGACGUCAAGUACGAGCAGGUGGUGAGCCUGCUGGAGCACGCGACGGCCGGCCAGGACGGCGGCUUCGGCGCGGGCGGCCGCGGCUCCGGCCUGGCCUUGACCGGCAGCUUCAUGCGCUGGCUGCUGGUGCUGGCGCUGGUGGUGAUGGUGGUCAGCCUGGGUGCAAUGACCGGCCUCACCUGGUUCGUGGUCACCACCAUCAAGGACACGCAGGUCGGAAACGCCAACGCGCUGGUCUCCAAGAGCACCGGCGAGAUCAUCCGCACUGACGUCACCGACAUGCAGGUGGUGGACGGUGUGCUGGUGGGUCGUGCCGCCUACCGCCAGGCCCUGGAGUACGCAACCAUGACCAACAACGCCAAGGACGGCCAGCCCGUGCAGACUUCCGACACCUCCGUGACUUGGCAGCGUGGCGGCGCCGUGGAUCCCACCAGCGUGGGUGUGCUGCGUACCGCCACCUUCAGGGGCAACCGCCAGCGCUUCAGCAGCCGUGUGGACAUUGAGGCGCUCAUGGAGCUCAACUACGUCUACAUCGAGUCGGGCACCGGCGCGCAGGUGGCGCUGCUGGUGAACGGCGUGGCUCGUGUGCCCAAGGACGACAGCGUGUGGGGCUCCGUGGUGCGCAUCCUCUCCUCCGCCGGCACCCUCACCCUGGACGACACCACCGUGCACUUCUCCUCCGACGUCGCGCCCAUCUUCUCAGAGGCUGGCUUCGCUGUCACCUCCAACGCCGGCUCGCGCCGCCGCCUGCUGGCGGGCCAGUACACGCUGUACGGCUACUUCAGCUCCAUCCAGAACAUCACCUCCUUCGACCCGGUGGACGUGUCUAAACCCAAGCUGCCCAGCAAGGACUUCUCCAUGCAGCUGGCCGUGCUGGAGCCCUGCGUGCUGCCCAGUGCCCCCACCGUGGACCGCUGUCUGUACGACCCCACCGGCGCCGCCGCCUCCGGAGCCGCGCACCACCGCCGCCGCGAUCUGCUGGCCACCGCCGCCGGAUCCAGCGUGCAGCCCGUGGACAUCCCCGGCACCACCAUCGACGCUAAGACUGGCGAGCGCUACAUGGUCCACCGCCGCCGCAUCACCUACCUGGGCAAGCUGAUUCGCUCCGUGUCGUCGUACGACUCCGCCCCCGGCCUGCAGCGCGUGUCGCUCAUGGACACCGGCUCCGGCGCCGUUUCGGAGUGGCAGGAGAAGGCACACCCUGAGGACACCGACCUGGACGCCGCUGAUGUGCGCGGCUACUGCAACUCCUACACGCUGCCGGGCGAGCACCUGGAACAGCUGUCGCUGCUGCGCGACCUGUCGGCCGCCGACUUCAAGUACCUGGGCGAUGAGCAGAAGAUGGGCAAGGCUGCCCGCCACUUCACCUUCAACGCCAAGCAGCCCGCGGCGCUGUCGGGCGUCAAGAGCGCCGACACCAUCAGCAUUGAGUACUGGGACACCAUCGACGGCUUCAAGCCCAUCGUCUUCGAGCUGAACCACCCCACGCUGGGCAAGCUGCGCUACGUGGUCGAGGACCUUAAGCUGGCUCUCACCGCCAGCUCGUUGGCCGCCUCAGCCUUCAUCGCGCCCACGCCCGCCAGCUGCUCCGUGGGCUGCAUGCCGCGCCUGGGCUCGGCCUUCAGCGUGCCUGUGCCCUCGCAGCGCUGGUCCGAGCUGGGCGCCGGCAACCGCCGCAACCUGCUGUCCGCCGAGUCCGCUAAGCACUUUCACGCCCAGCAGCACUCCGCCCGAUGGCUCCUGGCAGACACCUCUGCCGCCGCCGCACCCGGCUCCUUUGCCGCCGCCGCCGCCGCGCUGUGCACUGCCGAGCCCGCCGCCCUUCCCGGCGUGUCGCUGGGCGGCAGCUGCGCUGUCACCUGGGGCGUGCGUGCCAGCAAGUUCGUCUCCGUCAGCACCGCCUGCGGCCCCAACGGCGGCGCUCUGGACAAGGCCCCCUGGCUGAAGCUGGGCGGCAGUGCCAGCCUGGACACCUGUAGCGCCACCAGCAGCGGCUGCCUGCUGGCCUCGCUCACCAUCCCCAGCGACGUGGCGUCCGCCUACCCCACCGCCGCCGCCGUGUUCAACGGGCUGGGCGAGGGCGCGGCCGGCACCCUCAAGCUGUGCGGUGCCAUCGACCAGCCCCAGCGCCAGGGCUGCAUGCUGGGCUCCAGCGCCAGCCCCGCCGCCGUGUCGGCCUCCGCCUCCUGGGCUGGCCGCGUGGAGACCUACGCCGCCCUGCGCUACACCACCUCCGCCGCCUGGAUGUCGGAGGCCGGGUUCGAGUCCUACGUGGGUGUGAACCUGGGCCUGUUCCAGGUGCAGCACAGCGUGGGCGCGGUGGACCUGGCACGCGACACGUACUUCUCGGGCACCGCCGCCUCCUCCAAGGUCACCACCGCCGCCGCGCCGUCGGUCGUCAACGCCGCCGUUGAGAUGGUCCGUGUGGGCGACGUCUCCUACCCCGCCGAGUACUACGCCUUUGUGGGCUACUGGGGCGAGUGGAGCGCUUGGGGCUACUGCUACGUCGAUGCCGGCGCCGGUAGCAUUCGCGGCAUCCCCGUCACAGGCCUGCGCGUGCGCAUGGACGCCCACAAGCCCGCCCCCUACGACAACACCGAGCUGAACGCCGUCGAGCUGGCCUGCAACGACGGCAGCGCCGUGCGCCCCGCCUCUGGCCUGAUCGGCACAUGGUCCGACUUCGCCACCUGCGCCAGCGGAGCCUACGUGACCGCUGCUCGCAUGCGUGUGGCCGACCCUGCGGCGGAGGAGGGUGACGACACGGCUGCCAACGCGGUGGAGUUCCGCUGCAGCGACGGUGCCGUGCUCAGCCCCGACCAGGGCUACGAGGGCAGCUGGCGCGACUGGGUGGCCUGCCCCUCCGACACCUUCAUGUGCGGGGCGCGCCUGCGCAUCCAGGCUGACCAGGGCGACAAGGGCGACAACUCAGCCAUGAACGGGAUGCAGCUGAGCUGCUGCCGCACCAAUUCCGGCGCCGCCGUUUAAAUCCACAUUGUAGAGAUCACAGGCGGCCUGCCCGGCUGGCAGGGCUCACAGCCAGCCGUCGCAGCGCUCGCGCGCGCACGGCGAGUGGCGAGUGGCGACACAAGCUGCGGAGUGCGGGCGGUGGCCUCUCUCCAGCCAUGUAGAGCGCGCGUGCAGCGGUGCGGGGGCUGUGCUGGUGUGCGCGUGGGCUUGCUUGAGAACCGUGUGUGUAUGUUGUGUGUGCAGAGUCAUGCCGGCGCUUCUCGCCGUGCAUAAAUAAGAGAAAUGCAUCGUGUCCUGUGACGAAAGCCGUUUUAGCCGGCCGCGGUGAUGGAGUUGGCUUGACGAACCCCGUGCCCCAUCCGGGGGCUUGAGACUCCAGUAAUACCGCCUUGCGUAUGUAGUGUCGCAGCUGCUGUGCGCUCGGGCAUGUUCGCAGGUGGAGCGUGGUCCCUUUUACCUAAUAACUGCAGUAAGUCCCUAGUCGUUGCCUCGCGUUGAUAAGGGUCUCGUCUGGCUGAGUUGUAAUGGCACUGCGGCGCAACACUUCUUCGGGGGUGCAGGAUGUGCGUCAUGUCGCGUGUCGUUUUGAGCGCUGCCGCCGGCAUCCCGUCCUGGCGCGCGUUGUUUGUUAUCAUCUUUUGUCAUCUUGUACGUCAAAUCCUGAUUUCCUAAUUCCCAGCGUUAUUUCGGAGCCAAUUUUGCAUUGAGCGGCCUCGGGUGUCGCAAGCGCACAGUGAGGCUAUGUCGUUGUGCCUCUCCGGAGGUAAACUGGCAAGGCGCCAAGCCCGUGCGGCGCCAAGACGCUCGUGGCAGGCGUGUGCUUUGAUUGCAUGAACCGUGGGCAUGUGUGAUGCGCCGUGAUAUGCAUGAGGCAUGUGCAUGCACGCCGGGCUCAUCGGGAAGCUGUGCAAGCGGACCGCAAGCCACGUGCGCCUGCGCCAUCAAGAUAUGCCAUCGCAUGCUUGCCGGUGCACACGCUCCCUUUUCGCACAACCACACCUACGAAGAUGCGAGCAUUUCUGUGUUUAUCUAGCGGCUGCCCACAGCCUAUCUGGGGCAGCAAGUCAAGUGUACCUUAAUGUGCAAGCCCAAAUGUCAAAAUAACAUGUGUGCAUUAGACGGCCCCAGAGACGCUUUGGCCAGGGUCUUGCUGUAGGCUGUGUUCACGUGCACGCGGUGCACGGGCUCACGCGCACCUGUACGGGCCUUGAUUAGCCCUUGUGUGGUGUACUAUCGUAGCUGCCGGUGGCGGCCUGCCGGUGCAUUCUUGAGUCCACGAGGUGUACAGUAUGGUGGCACACACGCGUUGUAACGUCGUACAGCU